AUGACCUCCACCCCACCCCAAAAAUCCCACAUCGCACACACCCUCCUCUCCCGCGCCCACUCCCCCGACAGCGCAACCCAACAAUUCACGGAGCGCAUCAAACAAAAACCUCUCUUCCUGCGCGCAACAUCCCCCACAGCAUCCGACAACCGCUCCCGCCGGCGCCUCCACCGCCUCCGCAAGAAAGAAUACUUCAUCCGACACCAGAAGCCACGGCCGUUAUCCGCGCGGCAGAAGCGCGAGUCAGGACUGUACGAUCUACCCAAGGAAGAAUGCAAAUACGCCAUCUUCAAGGGUCUGCAUGAGCUGUGGGUUGGGUAUAUGCAUGAGAUCCUGGAUGUGAAGGGUGGGGCACAUAUCUCGCCGGUUUCGCAUGGGAGCAAGCUGGUCAGUGCUGACUAUCAUGGGGCUGAGGUUGAGGUUGUUAGGAGUCGGUGUGCUGGGAGGGUUGGGGUUAAGGGGAUUGUGGUGCGGGAUACGAAGUUUACGUUUGUUGUUGUUACGGAGCGGGAUGAGGUUAAGACUAUACCGAAGGAGCAUACUAUCUUUCGCUUUGUAGUGCCUGUUCUGGGGUCGGAGGGGGAUGGCAAGGAUCAGGUGGAAGGGGCUGAUAACAGUGGUUAUAAGCCGUUGGCUUUCGAGCUGCAUGGGAAUCAGUUUGAGAACCGGCCGGUGGAUAGGGCUAAUAAGAAGUUUAAGUGGAGGAAUAUCGACUAUGUAUGA